AUGGAGAAGUUCACAUCUGCUAUGCUGCUGGCUGCAGUCGGGGACUCUUUGGGAUAUAGAAACUUCAGCUGGGAAAUCUGUUCUUCAGGUGUAAAGAUUCAGGAGGAACUGAAAGUACGUGGAGGUAUUGACAAGCUGGUGCUAUCAGCAGACAAAUGGCCAAUCAGCCACAAUACCCUAAUGCAUAUGGCCACUGCAGAGGCUCUUGUCACAGACUACUGGUGCUUGGAAGACCUUUACCGUGCAAUGGUGAAGCACUAUGUUGAUACAGUGGACAAACUAAAGGGACGGAGACCAGACCCAGCAACCAUUGAAGGAUGCUCCCAUCUAAAGCCAGAUAACUACUUACUUGCGUGGCAUACCCCAUUCAAUGAAAAAGGUUCAGGAUUUGGAGCAGCUACUAAAGCCAUGUGCAUUGGAAUGAAAUACUGGAAACCAGAAAGGCUGGAGACCUUGAUUGAAGUUAGCAUUGAAUGUGGGAGAAUGACUCAUAACCAUCCAACAGGGUUCCUGGGGUCACUCUGCACUGCCUUGUUUGCCUCAUACGCCCUACAAGGAAAGCCCUUAGUGCAGUGGGGAAGAGAUUUGCUGAAGGUCAUCCCUAUGGCUGAAGAGUACUGUAAGAAAACCAUACGUCACAUGGCAGAGUACCAAGAGCACUGGUUUUACUUUGAAGCCAAAUGGCAGUUUUAUCUGGAAGAGAGAGAAAUAGAAGACGACAACAUGUCCAAGCCCAAUUUCCCUGAUGAGUAUGACGCAGAUGAGAGAGAUAAAACAUAUAAGAAAUGGAGUUCAGAGGGACGUGGUGGAAGAAGAGGGCAUGACGCACCUAUGAUUGCAUACGAUGCACUGUUGGGAGCCAGUGGUGACUGGAAGGAGCUUUGCAGCCGAGCCAUGUUCCAUGGAGGGGAAAGUGGUGCAACUGGAUCUAUUGCUGGAUGUCUUUUUGGAUUGCUGUAUGGUAUCACCAAUGUGCCAAAAGGUCUCUACCAGGAGAUUGAACUAAAGGAAAGACUUGAACAUUUGGGAGAAAAACUCUAUCAAGUAUCUUCAACAGAAAAGUAA